UGCAUUGCUUUAGUGGAAGCCAUAUUGACGAUCUCGUCAGGUCAUACACAUUUGCCAUCCGUGUAAAAUCUAAGUGCAGUGAAUCAGUAGUUUCACAUCGUUACUGCUUUUCUUUCGUCGUUUUGCUAACUACCAUUUGCAUUUUCACUGUCCGCUAGCUCAGUGCGAAGUUCUUCAGGUCGCGCGAUCGUUACACUUCCAUUCUUCAGUAGAACGUCACUAGGCGAAAAUGGCCUGCGCCACACUCAAAAGAUCGCUAGAUUUUGAUCCUGUCCAUCAUCAAAGGCCUACGAAACGGCAGAGAUGCGUACCAAUGUGUGUUUCACCGUCAAGCUCUCCUCCUACGACCUCUCAGGAAUGCAGAUCCUCGCCCUUCGGCGAAGUGAGCCCAAAAUUGACCCCAGAAAUCAUGGCUGCUCGUGUUCGAGAAGAAAUCCGUAGAUUACAUCGCAGAAAACAGUUGCACUUUAACCCAAAUCACGACUCCAACAGUAAUGACUCCACAGAUUGUGUAACAGAUGCACCUGGAUCGCCGAGUAGUUCUUUUGCUACUGCUCAAGCUACAUCACACCCUGACAAACCUCUAUUUACGCUUUCACAGGUUGGAUUAAUAUGUGAACGGAUGAUUCAGGAUAGAGAAAUCCAAAUAAGGGAAGAAUAUGACCGCAUUCUUUAUCAGAAACUAUCAGAACAGUAUGAAGCAUUCGUCAAGUUCUCUAAUGACCAGCUUCAAAGACGUUUUGAAGUAGCUGCUGCGCCUAGUUAUCUAUCGUAAAUUACCACGUUAUUCAAUUUUUAUUUAUUUUCACGUCUCCAAAAUGUUACAUAUUUUUUUCUUUUCUUUCAGUUUAUUUUUUACUUCAUUCUUUCAUCUACUAAUUUUUUUCCCCUCUUUUUUUAAAACAAUCUAUCAAUAUCAUUAUUCAUUUUUACAAAAAAGCAACAAAUCUAAGCGAAGUCAUAACAGAUCGCCAAACUAAGUAAGACACGUGAAGUAUGAAAAAAUUAGUUUGAUUUUUUGUUUUCUUGUAGACUUAGUUGUAAGAAUUUAGUGCUGUGCCUCGAAUAUCACCCUCGUGUUAUGUUUUAAAGCUUUCGGUUAUACCCCUUCUCUCGCAGGCAGGGGAAAGUUUUUAUAACCCCCCUUUUUGUAUAUUCAUUCUCUGAUGUUAUUUCUCCAUGGCAAUAAAUUCUUUUAAACCAAAUUUUAACCACCUAUCUCAGUUUUUUUUUUUUUUUAUUACUUUUUUUUUAUUUAUUACGUUCUUAGUUUGGGUCGUACUUUCCUCUAUUCGCUGCUUAGUUGUACGAAAAUUUUAAUGUGUAACUAUGUCCGUAUGCAUAUUAGAUUUAUAUCUUUAAUUUUAAAUUUUAUCAUUAAUUUCUUUUCAAUUUUUUGUAUCUUAUUAUUCAUGUCGUGUGUAAAGAGAAUUUUUUUUAUAUUUUGUAUAAAUUUUGGUUCCUUUUUAUUAUGCUACUAGACAUGCAAUCAAUCCUUUGCCAUUGUACGUUGGAAACAGCUGCGCUUAAUUGCCUGGGGACAUUAACCACAUUGUAUCAAUGCAGGAAACAUGAUAACUUUGUUGAGAUUUUCAUUGAACUGGGGCUGAACACUAUCCUAAUCAUAUUAUCUAGUUAGUUUUUUAACACGUUGACUGUCAUGAUGUCCCGAGCGCUGAAGACUCCACAAAAUGUCACAAAUCAUGGUUGAUUCCUUUGUUGUAAUUCUGGUGAUAUUAGCGCCCUUUUUGAUCUUCAUGCUGUGCAUGAGACUCGACUGUGGUAUAGGUGGAACCAGUUAGGUAUGUAAGUAACCAUCAUGGCUGUUCAAAGUGUUAUGCUUUGCUUUAUUUGAGAAAGUUCUGUGAGUGCGAAAGCAAUACGUAUUAGUUAGGAUACGUUACAACUAUGAGAAGCAGGUCCAAUGCUUGGUGAAAACUGUAAUGCAUUUAAAAUUUAAAGAUCUCAAAAAAAUUAGAAGACGAAAGGAAAUAUUUUAAAAGGGACUACAAGCUUCAGAACAAAUUCACGGAACUUUUGGACUCUUCCUGUUCGUUAUAAAAACUUUUCCAGCAUAGGUCUCAACAGGCUCAUGCCUUAUUUCCUGAAGAGAGGAUAGCGUUAAAAUUGGUAUCAAUACAGAAUAUGGCAAAUUGUAUUAUUUUAUAAUCAGCGCGAUCCAAAAAUUAAGCUUAAAAAAGCUUGUUUAUUAUCAAACUUGAAAGUAGCUAUUAUAGUCAAAGUUCAAUAACGUUGUUUGUAAAAAGAAAUUGAAAUAGAUAUAUUUUAUCGAUAUCCAUUUUUUUUUUUUUUUUUUUUUUAAUUAAGGAUCAUUUAGUUUGUCGAAUUGUAUUAUUUUUCUUUCUUUCAUGACCCUGUCAUUUGCUCAAACUUGUUCUGCUGAGGAGAGGGAAGGUAGUUUUUUAUUUCGCGGUUGAGCCAUCAUUGCCUGCGUAGAGACAAACCUAUUUUCACAUCAUUUUCGGUCUAUGAGAUUUUUCAGUUUUUCUUGUUACAGCAUCAUCAGAAUUUAAACCAAUUCAGUCAGCUUCUCUGUAUGCACUUGUAAAGUCUUCACUGUUACACUCUAGGAAAGAACCAUCCAGCAAAGAACACCUGUUUCCGAUUUCAUUUUUAUGCCAACCCCCAAAAUUAUCCCAUAACUAAUUUUAUUUUGAAUGAACGAUUUUUAGUGAGUUUUGAAUUCUAAUGAAAGCAGAAGUCUCCAAUGAUCUAAUUUAUUUAUCACAAUUGCAUUACUUUAAAAAUGAAGUUUAAUUAGUCGAAAAUGAUUUUGAUUUUUUUACGUUUCAAUCUGAAAAGAGGGGUCAUGAAUUUGACGAAUAUCUGCUCUUUAAGUAGCAGAAUCCUGAAUAAAUUAUUUCGAAUCAAGUUUGAGUUCUUGUGUUCAUCUCUUGAGCAUUAAUUUGGCAAACCUAAUAAUUUGGACUCUUGAAAUUGAAGUAUCAAAGGAUAGCUCUUACUUGUCUCUGAAUUUGCUGGAUUGUCUUUUUAACUGAAAUAGUCCAAAAGUUUAAAUUUUAAUCGACUCUCUUUAAAUGGUUUGACCAUAAAGACUAUCACAAUUACACAUGUCUUGUGUUAGGUAAUACAAAUUCCUCGUACGUUUAAUCUGAAGGAAGAAUGUCAGAGCUUCACUGCAGCAGGCAUGCUAAAAUAUUUUUUUUGACCUAGCGAGCAGGGAAUGGAUCGCUUGUGAAAAUACUCCGUCAUCAAUUGACAAAAGCUCUCAAAUUUAAUAUGGGCCGAAAAAUGCUCUGUUAUCACUCAAAUUUUUGCCUGGGAGCAACCAGCUCUUGGUGCAAAUUAAUUACUACCUAUAUUGGAUUUCACCCCUCUCCUCACCUUUGGAAGAUGUGUGUGAGUUUUUAAUUGUAACCAAAUGUUUCUUUAUUAAGAACACUGGGUAUUCUCAGUGUUAAUAUUUACUGUAGGAAGCCGAACCAAGCACUUAAUCCUAAUCCUGCUGAAACACGAAGGUAAAAGAAUUCUCUAGGCAUUUUCAUUUCAUUGGUCACUCAUGUAGUUAUGUGUUUCCUCCUCUUUCCAAGGUAGUUCUUGGAUCAGAGGGCUUUCAUCCGUGCUUAAUAACUUAAGAAGUUAAUGCCUCUGAGGUUUUCGUAUCCUCCUCUCCUUUUCCAUGCCUGCAAGCCUACUUUACUAAUUCAAUCAAUUUCCCCUAGACUUGAAGAGACAGCAUCCGAGAAUGGAAAAAAGUAUCCCUGUAUUCAAUGUUAUCAUAGAAAUGGCUACCGAAUUCUGCUUUCAUCAUUAAUGAUAAUCCAAACGUUGAAGUACAAGAAGAUUGAGCUUUGAAAUGGCUCUCUCUUUUUUUUUAUUGACAAUUGUGUUCAUUUAUGGUGAGACGAGUCUAUAACCUUUGUCAGAAGUGUGAGAAAAAGCAGAAAUUAACUAGAAAUCAAUUUCCUUGAUAGAAUACAUGUCUGGGAAACGUAAUGUUUUUCCUCUCUGUGCAAUAAGUGUUGAAAGCUUUGGUUUUUUAUUUGAAGUACCUCUCACCUUGCUUGCUGUCCGGUUUAUUUCUAAGUAGUGAAAUCUCUCUAAUCUUAUAUUUCAUCAUUGUGUAAGGUUUAUAAGAAUGCUGGGAGGUUAAAGGUUAAAUAUCAACGUCUUCAUUUAUACAUUCAUGAAGUAUUCCAAGAGGCUUAAAAUACGAUAGAAAACUUCUCAUCAGGGCGUGUUAAAGUUUUCUUUCAAAAUUGGUUUUUUGACUGUGCAAGUCUUUGCACCGAUUUCCUCAAAUGUGAACAGGACAAAUGAAAGGCAUUGAAAGACUAACGUUAAUUUUUUUGCAUAAAUACUAAAAUAAUUAACGGCAAGAUAUGUAGUUCAGGUAGACUCCAAAACUUGAUUAUCGAAAACAUAUAUUAAAGACCUGGCUUUAUCAUCAGAAUCUAAUGAGUGAAACUCAUGAUAUGUGUAGUCCAUUAAAUAUAUCUCUCCUGUUAGUGUCUGGAGUAAAGUGUAAAGAUAUCGCUGUUUGUAGCCCCUAUGCUUUGCAAUACUUAAUGCCUUUGAUGAAAUUCAAUGUUAUGUAUUGUUUCUUGAUUUGAAAUUUGAGAACCACUGGUUUGUUUAUUGUUAUGAAACUAAUGUCUAUCCAUAUUUUAAUGAGACUACAUUAUAAUUUUAUAAUAUUAUGCGAAGAAAUAAAUAAAUUUAAUACAUA